GAUAAGUCCUGGGAAGUUCAAGUUGAUCCCCAACUGGAGAAUCAAUUCUCUCCACCAAAAUAAUUUCCUGGUUGAGACACAGGAUGACUGAUGAAGAGAUCACUUAUGCAACUGUGAGAUUCCAUAAGUCUUCUUCAGGGUUGCAGAAUGAAGGAAGGUCUGAUGAGACUCAAGGGCCCAGAAAAGCUGGCCACAAAGAGUGCUCAGUCCCAUGGCACCUCAUUGCAAUACCUCUGGGAAUUCUUUGUUCCAUUCUUCUGGUGGCUCUUGCAGUGUUGGUGACACACAUUUUUCAGUAUAAACAAGAAAAACAUGAAUUGCAGAGAACUCUAAAUAAUAUUGAUCAAGAGUACAGAACCAUGAAAAAUGACAACUACUUAAGGAGAGAAAUGUUGGGAAAUAAGUCUAUAGAGUGUGAUGCCCUCAAAGACCGUCUGAAGUCCCUCGAAAGAAAACAGAACAGAUGCUAUGGGGAAGCUAAGCUUGUUUUAGAUUGUGAACAGCGCCCAGGACACUGGUUCUGCUGUGGCAUAAAAUGUUAUUAUUUCAUCAUGGACAAAAAACAAUGGAAAGGAUGUAAUCAGACCUGCCAGGAUUGCAGAUUAUCACUUUUGAAGAUAGAUGAUGAUGAUGAACUGAAUUUUCUUCAGCUCCAAAUUAAUCAAAACAAUUACUGGAUUGGAUUAUCAUACAAUGAAAAAGGAAAAAAAUGGCAAUGGAUUGACGAUCGCCCAUCUAACCUUGACUCGAAAAUAGCAAAUUUCAGUCGUAAAACCAGAAGAUGUGCAUUUUUAUCUAGAACAAGACUAGAUGAUACUAAGUGUGAAGAUCGAUACCCCUGUAUCUGUGAGAUGAGAAUGGAUAAAUUCCCCAAUUCACCCUCCAGCAAGAGGAUUUGUCCUCUGUGCAAAUGGAGAGAUGAUCUGUAAGAAGUUGAAAACAUUCUCCCGAAUCUGACUUGACAGAACAGAGGCCAUCUUCCUUCCGGGAAGAGUACAUCUUCUCAGAUACAUGGACACCCCAUUACCCCAAGCUCCUGAAGA